UCGAGACGUCGUGCGUGCGUGCGUGGAAUAUGGCGACGUCCCUGGGCUCAAACACCUACAACAGACAGAACUGGGAAGAUUCGGACUUCCCUAUUCUCUGUCAAACAUGUCUUGGGGAAAAUCCGUACAUUCGCAUGACCAAGGAAAAGUAUGGCAAAGAAUGCAAGAUAUGUGCGCGUCCCUUCACUGUUUUCCGCUGGUGUCCUGGUGUACGGAUGCGCUUUAAGAAGACUGAGGUGUGUCAGACCUGCAGUAAGAUGAAGAACGUCUGUCAGACGUGUUUGCUGGACCUGGAGUACGGUCUUCCAAUCCAGGUCAGAGACACGGGCAUGUCCAUUAAAGACGACAUGCCAAGGUCUGACGUGAACAAGGAAUAUUACACUCAGAACAUGGAGAGAGAGAUCCAGAACUCAGACGGUACCAGACCGUUUGGGAUGCUGGGUAAAGCACAGAACCCCAGUGACAUGCUGCUGAAGCUGGCGCGAACCACGCCAUACUACAAACGCAACAGACCCCAUAUCUGCUCCUUCUGGGUGAAGGGAGAGUGUAAGAGAGGAGAGGAGUGUCCCUACAGGCAUGAGAAACCCACUGACCCUGACGAUCCUCUGGCCGAUCAGAACAUUAAAGAUCGUUAUUAUGGCAUCAAUGACCCGGUGGCAGAUAAACUCCUGAAGAGAGCAUCCAGCAUGCCUCGACUGGACCCGCCUGAGGACAAGUCCAUCACCACGUUAUACAUCGGGGGUCUGGGAGAAAACGUCACUGACUCUGAGCUCAGAAAUAAUUUCUACCAGUACGGUGAGAUCCGUACAAUCACGCUGGUUCAGAGGCAGCAGUGCGCGUUCAUUCAGUUCGCCACGCGACAGGGAGCAGAGCUGGCAGCGGAGAAAACCUUCAAUAAGCUCAUCAUUAAUGGCCGCAGGCUGGCGGUGAAGUGGGGCCGAUCACAGGCUGCUAAAGGGAAGGAUGGCAAGGACGAGUUCGAUGAGACGGGCGGACUAGAACCAGUUCCGGGUCUCCCUAUAACUCUACCGCCACCCACUGCUCUGGAGGAGGAGGCGCCUGCUAACUACUUCAACCUGAACCCCAGCAGCUCUCCUGGGGUCAUGAACAUCAGUCUGCCACCUCCACCCGGACUCCCAAACCCACUGCCACCAGGUUUUGGACCGCCCAUGUUCCACCCCAUGAGCCCUCCUCCACCUCCUCCGAUGGCUUUGAGACCUCCAGGCCAGAUCCAUUACCCUUCCCAGGAUCCUCAGCGCAUGGGAGCACAUGCUGCCGUUCGCCACAGCGAUUGAUGGACUCCUCAUGUGGACUAGUAAAGAUUCCCUCGCUGCUGCGGUUAUUGAUCUGUGAAGGUGAUGUCGUCAGAGGGUGGGGUCUGAUCUGUGACAUCAUACAGAGUGAUUGACUGGUACACUAUGGUGCGGUCAUGUGAUCGGGGGUGCUCUCGUGAGUUCAGUGCCACAUCAUCAUGCCUCAGUCACACCUUAUAUACAGACACAGCUUACCAACAAACAGGCCCUUGUUAUUAAAGUUUACCCAUCUGACUUCAGACACAAACUCUCUGCCUCCUCGUUAUCAUAUCACAGUGUUUAAAACAUCAUCAAAAUGCUAACUUGAGUUUACAUUGAAAAUGGACUUUUGCAGUUUGACAUGAAAAAUUUAACCCAUUUUCCUCCAAAUUCUAAUUACAGUUUUGCAAAGUUUUCCACAUGAAAGUAAACAUAAUGAGCUAAUUGUUGCAUUACUGUAGAUUAUUGACCAUUUGGGUGGAAAAUUAGUGCUUAAUUCGUGCAAAUGUUUAUGGUCCCAAAGUAAGCUUCAUUUUCUUUUUGUGAAAAAAGAAUUGCUUAAUUUGAAUUGUUUUUGUACAGUUUUUGUGAGAUCCUCACACUCACGCCAUUCACUCUUACAUCUAGAGAUUUAACAUAAUUGAAUGUAGUGUCUAUUUAAAGGAUGCAACUGUUAAAAAAUGUUUUUUUAAUAAAUGAUAGUUGCAUAGCCACUGUCUUGCUUCUCUUAAGUGUAAAGAACUUGAUAUUUGUUUUCAUGCCGUUUUCUAAUAUUUCUCUGUUUUUCUUUGUGUUCUGAAGCAUUUUUUAAUGAACUGUCAGUUCAGGUUUUUUCUGUUAUAACAUGAAAAAAGAAAUUCAAAAACAAGUAAUUUUUAUUGAAAGAGCCUACCGUUACCAUUUUCUUUUGUGAACAUUAAACCAGCCAUCAUUAAAU